UUCAAUAAUGUGCAUGUUGUUUGACAUUCCUAACAGAACCCAACACGUACGCGCUUCCUCGUUCCCGCCAUCCUCUCAUGCGUCAUCGCCCAACAUGCCUAAUCCUACGAGGCGUAGGCUUCCGCCCAUGUUCGAACUCCACUCGCGCACCCAUGCGCGCGCCACUUCAUCGCUGUCCACCUUGCGCGCGUCCCGGCUACCGUCCGUGCACCAAUCGCCUACGGCGCACCCUACCGCGCCUACUACUCCGCGCGUUGCCUCCAUCGCCCGUGGAAUCCGAUCACUUCCUGCGCAUCCCCGUGCACCUGCUUCGUUGCGCGUACCGCCCACACUUGCGGACAGCUCGCCCAUGCUCUUAUCACGCCCUGCGCUUCUAACGCCGCACACUAGCGUGUCCCAGUCGACGUCCGCGGCUUGCCUGCUUAUCGUGCACCCUCGUACACUGUCCUGUUCGUUCGACCAUUCGCGCGCAUCAAGGUGCGACGUGCGCUCUUUACUUGUGCUCGCACCUCCGCCGUCGAUCGACUUCGGCUGCUCGCCCGAUGGCCAUGGGUCCCAACCUUUCAACCUAAUGCAAUCAUCUGCCGGUAUCCACCAUCCUUCUUCAACCCAUCGCAAACCCCGCCUUCUAGCCUCCUUCUUUCUUGCUCGUCUUUGCCUUGUACAAGGCUUGCACCAACAACAUGAUUCCUUAGCCUUUGCCUUACGUUUCCUUCGGGCUCUCUUGUUCUUGCGUUUCUUAGGCUUAAGCUUGGAUUGUGGACCACAUCCUUUCGGCCAGUCCCUUUUGCAUGAAGGUCGAUAUAUCGGGCUUGAUGGCUCCUCCAGCAUGUUUUCCAGCCAUAUGUUGAGGUCAUUGCCAUCCUCAUCUUCGGACUCGCCUGGGUUGAUGACCACUUCCGUAUCACAGCGCCCCAGCGCGCACGCCAACGUGAUGAAA